CUCAUUUCCGGACUAACGCACCAAUAAGAGCGUCGUGCGCGCGCCAACGUAAUACCGGAUGCGGAACUAAAUGAUCCGCAUAACAACAACACAGCGGCAGUAAGAUGGUGUACGUGUCCAACGGUCAAGUCCUGGACAGUAGGACACGGUCGCCAUGGAGCCUGUCUUUCCUGAGCGAUCUCUUUUGGGGUAUAGUGGAGUUCAUCGGCCUGUUCUUUCAGACCCUCGUCCAGCCAGAUCUGUCAAAAGACGGGACUCAAACUUCAUCGUCACGCUUCAGUGAUGGAAGAGGUCCUCCUGGUUUUCCUGGACGGAGACGUAUGGGCAGGAUAAACCACGGUGGAGGCCCAAGUCCUCCUCCAAUGGGUGGUGGAUGAGGAAGGUAAACGCCUGCACUUUGUUGCAGGCGUAGAGGGGUGUGAUGUGUUGAUCCAUGACUGAGCACUGCUCAUAAUGAGCUCUCCAACACAGAGAGCUGGACCGGGGAAGAUGUCUUAGAUGAACACACACAAACACGUUGCACCCUUCAUCGUCAUGCUGCUUCUGCGUUGCAGAUUUUUGAUGCUGCUCUGGGAAUUCCUACUCUUAGGGGCCAGAGUGGUUGAACUCAGCAGCAAUGCUUUUUCUUUUCUUUCUUUCUUUUUUAAAUAAAGUUACAUGCUGAAGGAUGUGGUAAAAUGUGUAUGAAUUUCAGAGUUUUGUCAUUAAAGUAAUAAAGUUGUCAUAUGGAUUGUCAAUGGAUUGCUGGUGGGGUGUUUUUUUUUUUUUGUAUGGGGGGAAAACUAAUACAAGGCACAUUUUAAUGGGAUGUACAAAUGUGAUCUUUAGUGGUACAAACGGUUUAUUUUAUGAUUAAAUUCUGAGUGGACUUUUUUUCUUUGUAACUUCAAGUUGGUCUGUUUUCACUUUACCCUCACUUCUUUCUAAAUAAAGAGAGUGAUGCAGCA